AUGACCCAGACCUCGUCCGUGAAGCCCUCUCCAGAGUCGCUCACAUUGGAGCCACCGAACGGUCGCAUCGCUCAUACUCUUACCGCUUGUACAAGGUGUCGACAGCGAAAAUCAAGAUGUGAUCCAGGCAUUCCUCGAUGCGCUCCCUGUGAACGAAGCAAUGCCAAGUGUGUAUAUUAUGAUUCCACUCGAGAUACCACCAUCCCUCGAUCGUAUAUCGUAUCGCUUCAAAAGAAAGCACGAGAGCUGGAGAAGGAACUUGCUGCGGCUGAAAAACAUGUCCAACAUUCGGCCGAUGCCGAACUAAUGGUGCGCGGUGCUGGGCGCAUUCGAUUUCAUGAGAAUGAUGAACCCCGAUACCUAGGUCCUUCCAGUGGCAUUGCCAUGGCCCGGCUGGUCAUGGAAGUGGCCAAGCAGAACACCGAUUCAAAAAGCAUCAAGGAUGUAGUCCCCGAUUUGACCGUCCAAGAAAUCAAAGAGGCCUUCAUGAAGGAAGAUUCUAAACCGACUUCGAAAGUGUAUCCCAUGAUCAGCUCCAUUCCACAUUCCAAACUGCCGGGAAGGUCCCUGACGCUGAGGUUGAUUGGUCUUUUCAUUGUCAAAGCACAAACAAUGCUUCCGACGCUUCAUGAGCCCAGUUUCCGACGAGAAGCGGAUGAGGUAUUCCGUGGUUCAACUAACCCCUGUCACAAUUUCCAACUCCGAAUGGUGAUCGCCAUUAGUAUGCAAAAGUUGAGCCCAGAAUAUGCAGGUCUAGCAGACAGCUUCUAUCUUGCUGCAUUACCAUACCUGGAGCCGACUUUGAAGCAGAUGGAUAUCCGGGCCUUACAAUGUCUGGUAUUGAUUGCGCAGUAUUCCAUGUUGACCCCCACUCGGACAGCGGCAUACUGGGUUGUCGGGACGGCUGUGAAACUGCUUCAGGACCUGGGAUUGACCGAAGAAGCCACCAUCAGCACCUCUCCCUCGGGUGAGCCGCUCAAUCCGUUAGAGGUCGAUAUGCGGCGACGGAUGUUCUGGAUUGUCACUUCAAUGGAGUUUGGACUCGCCCAUUCAUUAGGACGUGCCAACUGCUACAGUAUUUCGCACGACAACAUCGAUGUGAAGUUUUUCUCGUUGGUGGAUGAUCGGUAUAUCACAGCCGAAGGCAUCACUCCUGGAGCGAAGCCAGUCUUAGCAAAAUGUAUUUCGGUCCAUUUUUUCAAAAUGCGACUACUACAAAUGGAAGGCCGGCGAACACUUUACUUAAAUCGAACGGAGACUCCAGCCAAUGACCAGGAUCCAUGGUUUUUUCAGAUGCAUGCCAAACUUGAUGCAUGGGUGGAGAAUGGCCCGAAGAAUGAUGACGGUAGCGGGCGUUUGAACGUAAAAUGGUUUCAAGGCAGAAAAAACACUAUAAUCAUUCUGAUGUAUCGACCAUCGCCGCAAAUUCCAGAGCCGUCCGCCAAUGCUGCCAAAAUAUGCUACGAAGCUGCAACGUAUAAUAUCGCCUUGCACAAAGAACAAAUGGUCAAUGGUUCGGUGGAUUUGACAUGGAUCUUCACGCAGUCCCUCUUCCAGGCCUUCAACACCAUCCUUUGGACCCUAUCCUACCCCGAAAUCCGAAAGGAGCACCCCAUUGAGGAAGUCCAAAGCUAUCUAGACAUGGCUCUCGAGGUCAUUGCAUACUCAGCGGAACGGUGGCCUGGCGUUCAGUCGGCACUGCUACUUUACAAGCGUUUGAUCUCAGCUAUUUUAAAAGCUUUCGCCACAGAGGACUCCUUUGUCGUACCAUCUCCAUCCAGUCACCCCACCCCAACAUCUUCCCUGGGCCUGACUCCUCCAGCUGCAUCGAGCCCAUCUAGCACGACAACGGCUGUCCACUACCCAACAGUUACGUCUUCAUUCAGCGAGACUGCAUCCAUUGGUACUCUAUCCAGAGGUCAUUCAGUUGAUCCUUCUGUCGCAUUCUCUCAAGCGACACCCCCGGGUUUCCCUCCCGAUUCCUUGAAACCGAGAGUACUUUCACCGGUCACCCCAGUGUUUAGCACGCAGCAACCAGUCAGCUGCGACCCAUCACCCGAGUACACAUCAGAGGAAUACUGUGCUCCAGACAGCCUCUAUCCCGAUCUAUCUAUUGACCCUAAUACACCCUACAACGCAAUACCCUCGGUGGUCCCAGGCCUCCAAGGCUGGGAUCCAAACUUCUCCCUUGCCUCCACAACUGCUAGUCACUUAGCAUAUGUUGAUGCCACUGUCGAUCCCAUGCAAUGGACCACUACGAUCGAAGAUCAGUAUUCCCAAUAUUUCAAUGAGCCAUUUCCAGUACCAGCGUGGCGAGGGCGCACUCUUAGUCGACAGGAUCAGUCUGAACUAAUGGAAUCAUUGGAAUAUGAUAUUCCCGAUGUCUCUGCCCAACUGGUUCAUCAGUCCCAUGCCUUUUACCAGUCCUGA